ACAUAUAUAGAAAUACGUCGUUUCAUUAAACUAGGUCUGUGAUUAUACUACAGGUGAAAGUUCAAUUUGGGAGAUAUUUAAUUCUUAUAGCAACACUUUGAUUUGACCUUUAGUGACUACGGAACUGUCACAGUUAUCCAUGACGUUUGGUGUAUUUAUACCGUUACUUUUGUAUACAUUAUUUCUCGAUAUUAUAAAUUAAAAUGUUAUUAAAUCAUUAAUUUUAUAAAAUAUAUAUUUCCCUCUUGUUGCCUAAGUCAUGUCUGAAAAGAAGAUAAAGGGUGUAACUUCGAAGCAGAGUUAUAAAAUAUGGUGGAUAACAUUUGGAAUAAUAUGUGGGGCGACAUUCUUGACUCGAUUUUAUAAAGUUCUAGAGCCGGAUCAUGUUUGUUGGGAUGAGACACACUUUGGUAAAAUGGCCAGUUGGUACAUAAACAGGACAUUUUUUUUUGAUGUACAUCCACCUCUUGGCAAGAUGCUCAUAGCCUUAUCUGGGAAACUGACAGGAUAUGAUGGCACAUUUGCAUUCGAGAAGCCCGGGGAUAAAUAUGAGGGGGCCCGCUAUGAAGGAAUGAGAAUAUUUUGUACAACAUUGGGAGCUCUGAUAAUUCCACUGACUUUUUUAACUGUAUGGGAGAUGACAAAGUCGAUUGAAUCCACCAUCAUUGGAACCAUGUUAUUACUCUGUGAUGUGGGUUUCCUUACAUUAAAUAGAUAUAUUUUGCUGGACCCUAUCCUGUUGUUCUUCAUGAGUUGUUCAAUAUAUGGCGGAUUUAAGGUUCGAACUUUAACUGAUGAAGGACUGCCACCAUUCUCGCUCCGUAUGGUGUUGUGGCAAGUGUUCCUGGGCACGUCGCUCGCCUGCACGAUGUCAGUCAAGUUUGUCGGCUUGUUUGUCGUUCUGUUUGUUGGUCUGCGCACUAUCGCUGAUCUCUGGAACGUCCUUGGUGAUUUGAAUAAACCUGUCAGUUUAACGGUAAAACAUUUAAUUGGUAGAACAGUCACCCUUAUUAUAUGGCCAGCACUACUUUAUGUAUUCUUCUUUUGGAUACAUCUUACCGUUCUUAGUAAAAGUGGUAACGGCGACGGCUUCUAUUCAUCAGGCUUCCAGGCCCGUUUGGAAGGCAACAGCUUGCACAACGCGAGCGCGCCGAAGAUAGUCGCGUAUGGCGCUUACAUAUCGCUGAAGAACCACCGCACUGGUGGCGGGUACCUGCACUCCCAUCAUCAUCUGUACCCAGCUGGCGUUGGAGCCAAGCAACAACAGAUAACAACAUACACCCACAAAGACGAGAACAACCGUUGGCACAUAAAGCCUUACGACCGCGAGUACAGCGAGGCGGCGGGCGUGGUGCCCGUGCGCAGCGGGGACCUGGUGCGGCUGACGCACGCGCCCACCGGACGGAACCUGCACUCACACCGGGAGAAGGCGCCGCUCACUACCAAGUAUAUGCAAGUCACUGGGUAUGGAGAGGACGGUAUUGGCGAUGCGAACGAUGUGUGGAAGGUGAUCGUAUCGGGCGGUAAGGACGGCGAGGAGCUGCAGACCGUCAGGAGCAAACUUAUGUUUGUGCAUUACUUGCAGGCUUGCGUACUGACCACCACUGGCAAGCAGCUCCCGAAGUGGGGCUUCGAGCAGCAGGAGGUGGCGUGCAACCCUAACCUGAGGGAUAAGAACGCGCUCUGGAAUGUGGAAGAUAAUGUUUUUAAUGGCCUACCAAAAGUAAGUUUCGAGUCUUACGCGUCGGGCUUCAUCGAGCGAUUCCUGGAGUCGCACGCAGUCAUGUUCCAGGGCAAUGCUGGUCUCAAACCUAAGGAGGGGGAGGUCACAUCACAGCCGUGGCAAUGGCCCAUCAACUACAGGGGACAAUUCUUCUCAGGCAGUGGCCAUAGGAUCUACUUGCUCGGCAACCCAUUAGUUUGGUGGGGGAACUUGUUGUUCCUCGCUUUAUUCUUCGUUAUUUACGUCAUCAACUCUAUAAAAGAUAAACGGGCUGAAGCGUUCGGUACUCCAUUGCAAGGUGGUAAGAACCGUGAACUCCUGAAUGCGGCGGGCUGGACGUUUAUCGGCUGGGCGCUCCACUACGUGCCGUUCUGGGCGAUGGGCCGAGUGCUGUAUUUCCAUCACUACUUCCCUGCAUUAGUGUUCAGCUCUAUGCUCACAGGCAUCCUCACGGAAUACCUAUUGACUAGUAUCAGAAGUUUCCUGAGCCCAGAACUAGGCAGGACUGUGUACCACUGCAUCAUCGGAGUGGUUCUAUCCACGACCAUAUACAGCUUCUAUCUGUUCGCGCCACUGGCCUACGGAAUGAGUGGGCCACUGGCCCAUGAGCCUAAUUCAACAAUGGCCGGAUUAAAAUGGCUGGAAAGUUGGGAGUUUUAAUGUAAGUCGAUUUAAGAAUUCUAAGUAAUGUAUUUUUUUUGUAGGGCCAGGUAUAAAAUAAUAAUAAUUUAACUUAA